UGAUCAGCAAGCGAUGAGGUUGACUGUGUUUGGUUUUUGCGAUCAAUUCACUUUGUCAUCUUUGUCGACGUUUGUGAGUGGCUGAGUACCAAUUUUCCCAAAGCUAAAGAUAGAAUACAUAGGGAAAACACUGGUUUAUUUCUUCGCGAAUAGUCAUCUUAUUUUUUUAUUUAUCAUAAUCGGAAAGUGUAACAAUUUGAAUUUAUAGACUGUUGUACAGUAUAGUAUAGUAUAAUGAUUAGUUUAACAGACAUUGAAGACGAGAGUAUGCAGGAACUUCCUGAUGGAAUGACGAAUAUAAGGCCUGUUUCAAGAAUUAAGGAGAACACACCGGAAUUUAAUGAGGAAAAAGACAAGUGCCUAAAAUAUUUUGAACAAUGGAAUGAAACAGAACAAUUAGAAUUUGUAGAGCAUUUGAUUACGCGCAUGUGCCACCACCAACAUGGACAGAUUAAUACUUAUUUGAAACCUAUGUUACAGAGAGAUUUCAUCACUGCAUUACCAAAGAAGGGCUUAGACCAUAUAGCAGAGAGUAUCCUUUCAUACCUAGAUGCUAAAUCAUUAUGUGCUGCCGAACUAGUCUGCAAAGAAUGGUAUCGCGUGAUCUCAGACGGAAUGCUAUGGAAGAAACUAAUCGAACGGAUGGUGCGAACAGAUACCCUAUGGAGAGGGCUGUCAGAAAGGAAGGGGUGGUGUGCGUAUUUGUUCAAAGGAAAGCACGGAGAAACUCCAAAACCAAACUCAUUUUUUCGGACAUUGUAUCCUAAAAUUAUAGGCAAUAUUGAGUUAAUUGAGAACAAUUGGCGAUGUGGAUUCCAUGGUUUACACAGGAUUCAAUGCCAGAGCGAAAAUAGUAAAGGAGUGUAUUGUCUACAGUAUGACGAGACAAGAAUUGUUAGUGGGUUAAGGGACAACACAAUUAAGAUCUGGGAUAGGAAUACAUUGCAAUGUACUCAAGUACUAACAGGGCACACCGGUUCAGUUCUGUGCCUUCAAUAUGACGACAAAGUCAUCAUCACUGGCUCGAGUGACUCAACUGUUAGGGUAUGGGACGUCGAGACAGGCGAGAUGAUGAACACCUUAAUCCAUCACUGCGAAGCAGUGCUUCAUCUUAGAUUUAGCAACGGAAUGAUGGUCACCUGUUCAAAGGAUCGGUCUAUUGCUGUGUGGGACAUGUCUUCGCCGACGGACAUCAGCCUCCGGCGGGUGUUAGUCGGCCACCGUGCGGCUGUCAACGUUGUUGAUUUUGACGACAAGUACAUAGUGUCUGCAUCAGGCGAUAGAACCAUUAAGGUAUGGAGCACAUCAACAUGUGAGUUUGUUCGCACCUUGAAUGGUCAUCGUCGAGGCAUAGCGUGCUUACAAUACCGAGACCGACUGGUCGUCAGCGGCUCCUCGGACAACACGAUAAGGCUGUGGGAUAUUGAAUGUGGUGCCUGCCUCCGAGUACUUGAGGGCCAUGAAGAACUUGUUCGCUGUAUUCGCUUUGAUAAUAAAAGAAUUGUUAGUGGUGCAUAUGAUGGAAAAAUUAAGGUAUGGGACUUGCAGGCUGCACUGGACCCAAGAGCUCCAACUGGUACCUUAUGUCUCAGGACUUUGGUGGAGCACACAGGUAGAGUUUUUCGUCUUCAGUUCGAUGAGUUCCAGAUAGUAAGCAGUUCUCACGACGAUACUAUUCUAAUUUGGGACUUUCUGGAUGCACCACUACAAGAGGGCGCCCCACUUCCAGUUGCUGGAACUUACACUUACGUCGGGCGAUAGAACUCAACUUUUCCAAUGUUGGACUUAAUUAGGAAUUGAUAUUUCCACAAGCUAUUUUUGAACUGAUUUGUUUGUGGCUUGCAUCAAUUGUUCAAGCUCAUACUCAACACCAUUAAGGAUACUAAAAUCGCAAGAAAAUUCAAAGGGCAGUGUGUGUUGACAGGAAAUACAAUGUUUUCGCUUCGUGUAUGUUGUUUGUUUCAAUUCAUCCCCAAUCUUUGAUAUGCAACCUGAAAUUGAUAAACGUUGUUGAAGACUUGAGCAUUGUAGAUUGAGAGUAAUCAAUUAUGAUCACUUUUCUCAUAAUUCUAACAUAAUGUUUUGUCAGUUUGAAACCAUCAUGACCAAUUAGUUACUGUAUAUUAAAAUUAGCAUAUCAUAAUUAGCAAG